AAAAUGACGGAACAAUGAACUUUGACCUUGUCUCAAAACAAAAUGAGCGAAGAAGUAUCACAGGAGCUAAAAGCGAUAAUUUUCGUAACAUCUGGAACUAGGGGCGAUCGCCUCCUAUUUAAAUAUCCUUGGGAACGUCAGCAAACAGACACAAGCAAAGCUAUACCCAGGAAUCCAUAUGCAGUGAAGGUCACAGAGGACUUUCAGCGCAGAAAAGAUCACAUUAUCACAAAGCAAGGAGUGCUGGCUGGAUUAUCUGACGAGACUAAAGCUCAUCUUCUUGGUGUAAAGUCAUCAUUGCUGUGUGGCAAGGUGUUUGAUUUGAAGAUAGAGGAGGUGCGUUUUGUUGGCUUCCCGGUACUCCUAGAUGAUGUUCCUGACAGUGGCAAGUCUGGACAUAAAAUACUCUCAUUCAACAUAGCCUUUGUACUUCAGGCAACCCAUGGACCUUGGAUUGUAUCAUGCUACCAGGAUCUUGCGAAGCAGUUGACUGUAGCAUUGAAGCAUGAAGAAAAGAGAUGUCAUUACUUAUCUACACAGGCCAAGAUCAUGACCACAGUAUUUGAUGAAGUAGCAUCACUUCCUGAAGAUAUGCUGACCUCUCCAUUUGAGACAAUCAUAGAGAAGAGUGAACUAGCAAAGCAGCUACAGCAGAUAUAUGACAAUUUGAACUCGCAGGGUUUGGCACAUUUUUAUGUGAACAGCUGGAUUGAGAUCAAUUUCUGCCUUCCACACAAGCUUCACUACCUACAGGCUGGCUACAAAUCAUUUAAAAAACAGCCUGAGUUUAUACAGAAAAGUCUCAAGUCCUUAAGGCCGUAUCAUGGGAUUCUACUGUUACAAAGUGACAGUGUGUUAUUGGAGUCACUUCCAGUAGACUGUACCCCAGCAUUAAGCAGACUGAUUCAAGUUGCAAAUCCACUCAGAAGCUUACAGAUGCUUGCUCUUGAAGCAGAUCUCAGUUUGUUUCAGGUGUUCCAGUUAGUAUGCCAUCUAGUGUACUGGGCAAAAGCGGUGAUAAUCUACCCACUGUGUGAGACUAACAUUUAUGUUCUCUCACCUUCAGCCAACACACAUGUGUCGUCUAAGUUGGUAGAAGAUUUCACACAGCAGUUUCCAGGCAAAUCUUUACCAGUAGAACUAGCAGAGUUCUCAUUUCCUACUCAGCUGAGACAAACACAGACUGCCGUUAACCAACCAGGCAGCACAGAUUUGAAGGUAAGGAUGGUAGUGUGGAUGUUACAGCGCCACCUGUUGAUACAGUUACAUCAGUACAUAAUUUUCGUGCCACCAGUACGUCGUAGGAAGCACAAGGUUUCAGAUGAGACGGCAAAGGUUCAGAUCCUGGCAGAUGAUUGGAGUAUAUUUGAAGGAGGAUUACAGAGGUCACCUAGCUUCUCUGACGCAGCUUCAGUUACCAGUGAUGAAAGUAUUACACUCAGUACCCCUGGGAUGUUGGUAGCUCAGCUCUCCAAGAGUCCAUCCUCCGAGUUCACCACAGAGAGCUCUCUAGUCUCGGAGGAAAAUAAGAUGUACUGGAUGAUGCAGGAGUCUGUGUUUGCAAAUCUAACCGCAGAAGAAAAAGAGUGUAUAAUAAAUGUUCCAGCUGCAAAAAAUCUUGAUGAUCUCAGAAUGUUUGCACGGUUGUUUCCUUACUUUGGAGGAAGAAAUCAUAUAGAGGAAAUAAUGUACUUUGAAAAUCUCCGUAGAUCUCAGCUCAUUACCCUGAUAGAGAAGUUUAAAGAUGUUCUUAUACUGUGUACAUACCAAGAUCCAGCUUCUUGAUGGGAUACAGUAUCCUGAAGUAACUUUUCAACAUAGAGAAAAUACACUUCAACACAGAUCUGUUCUGAACUUGAACAAAUGCUCUCUAUGGGAAGAUGAGACAAAAGAUGCAUUUCCUGUCUGUUACUUUCAAUGUCAUUGAGAGACUGUGUAAAAAAGUCUAUGUGAGGUUAAACCGGAGAAAAAUGCAUGAAGAUCUUCAUGAGAGCAAUUAAUAUCCUGGUGUCAGUCAGACUGGAGACCAUACACCUUAUCAUUGAAUUGAUGUGAAUGGGAAAUUUUGAAUUUAUCAAGACUUAACACUUCGUAGUUUGAAAAUUCUUCGACAGCAGUGUUUGUUUCUCAAGCUGUAUACAUGGUUACUUUUAGUCUACCAUUUUUCCAUCACAGCUGCUGCUUCAAAUGACAUCUUUUCCAAAACAACAUGGCCAGUGUCAAUCAAACUUUUAGAAUGAAUGUUUCUUUAGUUUUCCUCUUUCAAACUUGUUCAAAGAAAACUAUUCCAUGCAGAACUCUGCUUGCCGUGGCAAUAAAUCGCAUUUUAGCCACUUCUCAAAUAAGUUUUGGCGUAUUUCCACUGAGCCAUACAGGAGUGAUCAGUACUAUGCCUCACUGUGCAUUUUAUUGGCAUGUUCCAGUUGGAGUUAAAUGUUUGGCCCUUGAUUUGUCUUUUUUUUACCUUUUCUACUUAGCUGCUCUGAUACCAUCUGGAGGAAUUACACCAAACUUCACUGAAGUGUUCAUUGCCAAGCCUAGCUGUGCAUAUCAUGGACAUAUUCCGGUUUGGUGUUUCUCAGCAGAGUUAUGGCCCUUGAUUUGUCAAAUUUUAUGAUGUUAUAGACAGUUAUCUUAUAUAAUAGGGUGGAUUUCCUCCAAACCUAACAGGAGUAAUCAGUGCCAAAUUUUAUAUUAUUGCCAAUAUUCUGGUUAUGGAAAUAAAUGAACAGUUACUUCCCCUUUUUAUUAUGCCCCCAAAGGUGUUACUCCAUCCAUAAAGGGAUUUUGAAAUCACUUUGCCUAAAUGUUCUCCAUAAUGAGACGAUGUGUCAUGUGACAGAUCCAGAACCCUAGCUCUAAGGUCAAGGUCACACUUAAGAGGUUAAAGGUUAACAUGGUCUGUUUCUUGUCCGGUCCAAAACUCUGCCAUAGUUGAAGGGAUUUUAAAAGUACUUGGCAUAAAUUUUCCCUAUAAUGAGAUGACAUGUCAUGCGCAAGACCCAGACCCCUAGCUCCAAGGUCAAGGUCACACAUAGAAGUCAAAGGGGUUU